UCUCGAGCAAUUUUGGACGAUCUCGACCACCGUACUCGAUACCCAUUCCCCUCUGUCUCCCUAUGAUGUUUUUCUUUCUUUGUAACUUUUAGCUACUAUAGCUAAGUUUGUACCUUUACACGUUUUCCAUCAUGUUCACGACCACCGGUUCCCGAGGGCUCGAUAAGGCCCCCCUGUCUAAAGGUCUCCUCCUGGUCCUCAGUGGUCUGACUGUCGUGCUAACCCUCCUGCCGCAGUACCAUCACCUGUUCACCUACAGCCUGCAGGCCAUCACGCAGCAGCACCAGGUAUGGCGGUUAGUGUGUGGCAGACUGAUCUGUCUGGACCUAAAGGACACCUUCUGCAACAGUCUGCUCAUCUACAACUUCCGCAUCUUGGAGAGACGCUUCGGCAGCAGAAAGUUUGCUUCCUUCCUGUUUGGGACAUGGGUGCUCACUGCACUGGUGGACUUCCUGCUGGCCGAAGCGUUUCACUACCUGUUUGACUACCAGGUGGCUGAGCUGCCUGCCGGACUGCUAGGCCCAGUGUUCAGCCUGUUUGUACCUUUCUACUCCUCCAUCCCCAAGGUUCCAGUCACUCAACUCCUUGGUCAGAUCUCCAUAACUAACAAGUCCCUGGUUUACAUUGUAGGCCUGCAGCUCCUGACCUCCAGUCCGUUCAUGUGGCUCGUUGCUCUCAGUGGACUGCUCUCUGGGAAGCUGUACCACGGAAAUGCUCUGAGGGUGCAGCGGCUUCUCUUCGUACCCCGGUGGCUGUCCCGUGUAGGGGCCUUCGUCCUGGAGCCCCUGUUCUCCGGGCCCCUGCCCCCCAGUGAAACCCCCCUGGGGAUGGGGGCUACGCUGGACAUCCAGAGACAGCAGAGGAUGGAUCUCCAUGAUCAACAGAUGCUGCUGGCCCAGUUCCAGCAGGCCACGAGGAACCACAGACCACCACAGCCACAGAAUGGCCUAAUGAACUGGAACAGAUUUUUCCCAUCGCUGAGACACAGAGGACAGAACCUUCCCCCAGAGCCACAACCACACCCCUCUCCACCGCUGCAGCCGCACCCCUCUCCACCGCUGCAGUCGCACCCCUCUCCACCGCUGCAGCCGCACCCCUCUCCACCGCUGCAGCCGCACCCCUCUCCACCGCUGCAGCCGCACCCCUCUCCACCGCUGCAGCCGCACCCCUCUCCACCGCUGCAGCCGCACCCCUCUUCACCGCUGCAGCUCCACCCCACAGCUCCACCGCUGCAGCUCCACCCCACAGCUCCACCGCUGCAGCUCCACCCCACAGCUCCACCGCUGCAGCUCCACCCCACAGCUCCUCCCUUGAUCAACACUCCUGUAGCUGAAGAACAGGUUGCCAGAUUGAUGGAGAUGGGCUUCUCCAGAAUAGAUGCUCAGGAUGCCCUCAGAGCAUCCAACAACGACAUCAACGUGGCAACCAACUUUCUGCUGCAGCAUUUAGGGUAGGGAGGAGUUUGAAAGAUGUAGAACCUGAGAGAGAACAGAGGGAACAGAAUGAAGUCUGGGUCUGAUCCAGUGAGCAGGGUCCUGGGGUUUGAGGCCAGGGUGACUGGACUGCUCUGGAACUCCAGAGGACUACACAGAGAAUAACUCAACACAGACUACACAAUUACUAGGAGGAAAGGAGAGAGGAGGACAGUAAUGCUGCUGCUGUCCACUGUGCUUCCUGAAGGGUGAAGAGGGCUGCUUCCUGGUAGUGGGUGCUCAGCCCUGUUCCAGAUAGUUUGGAUACUCUGUCCUGUCACCUUGCUGCUGAGGGACAGAAGAUGGAGGAUCAGAAGGCUGCUAUUCUCAGGGCUUGUUGCAUCUAGUGUCUUCUCUAUACUCUAGCAUUACCAUGGUUCAUUACGGCUUCCUCCACCUCACACACACCUUCGUCCAGAAAACAUACACACUCGCCAGUCCCUCAAGGUUUUCUUUUGUGUCAUUUGUCCAUGGACAAUGAUUACAGGAGUUUGUUUGAUGACUUCUGAAAACACUCAGAAUGAAUCUAACAUCUUAAAGGGGUUUGAAAUGAGGAGAAUAUACUAAAUUAUGGAAGCUGUCAAUCUUGUAUACUCAAUGAAAACCGUCUGCAUAUGUAAUACUUAGUGUAUGGCUUGUAUAGCUGCUCAGUGGCUACAUUCUGGUUAACUACACUAAUGAAUAAAAUCAUGGUGUCAAGGUAUUAAUUAUGAAAAUGACUAACUAGUUUUUCACAAUCAUUGAGGAUUUAACACUUAUUUAUAUAAUUAUUUACUUUGUUUUGUUUUAUGUGACUGACUGUAUAAACUGAGGGGUGCUUGUUGUUUGGUUAACCUAUGCCUGUGUGUGGUGUUAUUAUGCUACAGAUUACAAAUGAUUAACAAUUUAACAAACUGCUUCCAACCACUGAAAUAUAUGCAAUGUGCUGUGCUGAGGUAACAGCGCUGUCCAUACAGCGUUACAACAGUAUAAUGGCCUAAUGAAUAAACCUACCUCUCACCUUCA